AAAAUUUUGUUAAUGGGCUUUAACACUAUCGGCCCAUAAUAGUUCAUCCUCAACCGCGAAGUCGGCGGGCGAGGGAAACUUGUUCAAGUUAGGGUUUUUGCCAUCUCUUCUCCGUUUCAUUAGAAACCUUUUAGCACGUUGAUAGAGAUGGAAUAUGUAAGCCCUGAAGGACUUCGAUUGGAUGGUCGCCGACCUAUGGAAAUGAGGCAACUACGAGCCGAGAUUGGUGUCGUUGCCAAAGCAGAUGGUUCUGCUAUGUUUGAGAUGGGUAACACAAAAGUCAUUGCUGCAGUCUAUGGCCCUAGAGAGGUUCAAAAUAGGAGCCAGCAAAUCACUGACCAAGCACUGGUGCGCUGUGAGUAUAGCAUGGCUAAUUUUAGUACUGGAGAUCGUAUGAGAAAACCGAGGGGUGACAGGCGAUCAACAGAGAUAUCUCUUGUUAUUCGUCAGACAAUGGAAGCAUGCAUAUUGACCAAUUUGUUACCUCGUUCUCAGAUAGAUAUUUUUGUACAAGUUCUACAAGCAGAUGGGGGAACUCGAUCUGCAUGUAUUAAUGCUGCAACAUUGGCGCUUGCAGAUGCUGGGAUUCCAAUGCAUGAUAUUGUUACUUCAUGUAGUGCUGGAUACCUCAAUGGUACCCCUCUUCUUGAUUUAAAUUAUGUUGAAGAUAGUGCGGGGGGUCCCGAUGUCACUGUAGGCAUUCUACCUACAUUGGACAAAGUUACUCUUCUUCAGAUGGAUGCUAAGUUACCAACUGAUACAUUUGAAGAUGUCAUGCAACUUGCAACUGAAGGCUGCAAGGCAGUAGCAAAUUAUAUUCGAGAAGUGCUACUAGAGAAUACAAAGCAGUUGGAGUAUCGCCGAGGUUCAUAAAUGAUAAUCACAGCGGGUAAAUUAUUUCUGGAUUCUGCAGCCUGGCCUGGUCUUUCUUGGUCUUGGAAUCAAACUAUUUUUACAGGGGAGAUUUAAAAUCAUUUAGGGAUCGCCAGUGUAUUAUCUCCUUAAACCAACAUUCAGCCCUUGCGAGCAGGCGUAAUCAUAGCAUUUUCGUCUGUGCACCUUUCUUAGAGGAAACCUUUUAGUUAUCCAUACUUGGUUAGAUUCAUACAGCUGCUCAGAAUUCCUGCAAAACUGAUUUUUAAGGGACUUAGAAUAAGAAGUAUUGAGGGGAAAAUGUUUUGUAAUGUUAAGAGUAUUUCAUUAGAUGUUAGUUCUUGUCUCUUUCUCUGUUUUUAUAUGAAUAUUUCCUGAGAAAAGCUUGAAAUGUGAGUCAUAUAUUCUCACUCAA